UCUCUCUCAAUUCUCUCAGUCCCCAAAGUGCCAUACAACAACAACGUACGACUCCUGGAAAAAAAAAACGUACACUCAACAAUUACCUUUUUAACUCCACUCCAGAUUUAAACUCUCUCUGGUUAACUUUUUCGGUUCCUGAACAUCCCUUUUUUGAUUCAGUUUCUGGGCAAACAUGGCGUUCCGCGUCAUCACCAUGAAAUCUGGAGCCAUGAUGGCCACCGCUCGUUACCUCACCAGGAGAAACAUGACUCAUGGUGGAAGCUGUUGUGGGAAUCACCAUCACCAUCAUCCACCAUUCGAGAGGAAGAAGCAACAGAGUUGUUCUCGGUCUUUGUCGGGAUUCUGGAGAUUCAACUCCACCAAAGCCUCUGCAGUUGAUGUGUAUUCCAGCGAUGAAGACGUUACCAAUACCAACCAUCAUCAGGGACUGGAUUUCCCCGGAGGACACGUGUCGUACACUCAUUCACUAAACUUCAUCUCCAAGUCAUCAACCCAAAACAGAGUCCCCUGUUACAGAGUUCUCGACGACAACGGCGUCGUGAUCCGCAGCAGCUCCGGCGACUUGGAAUCCCAGCUCCAACAGCAACCACUAAUCAGCCAGCAAACCGCACUAAAGAUUUACAGAGAAAUGGUGAGGCUUCAGGUGAUGGACACCAUCUUCUACGAAGCACAGAGGCAGGGGAGGCUCUCCUUCUACUUGACCUCCACCGGCGAGGAAGCCAUCAGCGUCGCGUCGGCGGCGGCGCUCAGCUCCGACGACGUCGUCAUGCCGCAGUACAGGGAGCCGGGUGUCCUGCUGUGGCGUGGCUUCUCGUUGAGGGAAUUUGCCGACCAGUGCUUUGGGAACAAGGAUGAUUACGGGAAAGGGAGGCAGAUGCCAAUUCACUAUGGUUCCAAUAAGCUCAAUUACUUCACUGUUUCUUCCCCUCUCGCAUUUGAGGAGGCAUGCAUGACUCAGCUGCUUCUCUGUCUCAAUUCCUAUUUGCAGGGAGAUUUUCAUGCUGGAUUGAACUUUGCGGCAGUCACAGAAUCCCCAGUGGUAUUCGUCUGCAGGAACAAUGGCUGGGCCAUCAGCACCAAUGUAUCAGAGCAGUUUCGAAGCGAUGGCAUUGUGGUCAAAGGACAAGCAUAUGGAAUUGACAGCAUCAGGGUCGAUGGGAAUGAUGCUCUUGCUGUCUACAAUUCCAUUCGUGCCGCUCGUCAAAUGGCGGUCAACCAAGGAAAACCCGUAUUAGUCGAGUUUCUAACGUAUCGAGUAGGACAUCACUCUACAUCCGAUGAUUCGACUAAGUAUCGCCCCAUGGACGAGAUCGAGCACUGGAAAGUGACUAGAAACCCAGUGAGUAGGUUCAGGAAGUGGGUUGAAGGCAAUGGUUGGUGGAAUGAAGAUGAAGAAUCGGAGCUCAGAAGUGCGACCAGAAAACAACUAUUGCAAGCAAUUCAAGCGGCGGAGAGAACUGAGAAGCCUUUCCUGGAAGAAAUGUUCACCGACGUUUAUGAUGAAACGCCGUCGAAUCUUCGUGAGCAACAGGAACAACUUCGAGAAAUCAUCAAAAGACACCCUAAAGAUUACCCUUCUGAUAUUCCUGUCUAGAGCGUGUACAUUUUAUGCAUUCUUUUGAUUGAUUUCGCAAGAAAGAAAGUGGUGCAUAAAUGUACUGAAGUUGUAAAUGGAGUUCAUGAUUUAUAGUUUUGUAUAUAACCUAAGUAAGAUCAAUAAAAUUCUCCUUCUAGAUACUUUUUUGAGAAAAAUGGCAUAGUUGUUGAUUCCUAUUUUCCUCCCUUAAUGGUGAGAUAUAUUAAAAAUUAAGAAAAAAUCAAUCAAUAUAUUUAAAGUUCAAGUAACUGGAAAAAUUUCUCACUGUUAUGAAACUAAU